AGACCCGCACCCAACCUCUACUUAGUGUACUUCCUUUUGUAUAAAUAUAUGUAACGCUCUCUCCAACUUCAUAAAUCCACAAUUCCGUCUUGCUUUACCAGCAGUCUUAGCCUUCUCUUCCUCUUCUUCUUCUUCUUCUACUUCUUCUUCUUCUUCUUCUUUAGCUCUCAAUUAUGGUUACUGCAGCGGUGAAUACUGCUCGAAAUGUAGUUGGUAUCCUAGGGAACAUCAUCUCACUGUUUCUGUUCUUAUCACCUGUGCCAACUUUUGUUCAAAUAGUGAAGAAAGGCUCAGUUGAGCAAUACUCAGCAGCUCCAUAUCUGGCCACCCUAAUCAACUGCAUGGUUUGGGUGCUGUACGGGCUGCCCAUGGUGCACCCUCAUAGCAUCCUGGUCAUCACCAUAAAUGGCUCUGGAACAGCUAUAGAGCUUGUGUACAUAACCCUCUUCUUAAUUUACACCGAUAAGAAGAAGAGACUCAAAGUUUUAAUGGGACUCCUCGUUGAGCUCAUCUUCAUCGCCAUUGUUGCCCUUCUGAUUCUUACCCUUCUCCACACAACCAAGCACCGUUCCCUGGUCGUUGGUAUCGUAUGCAUUCUGUUUAACAUCAUGAUGUAUGCUUCGCCAUUAUCGAUCAUGAAACUUGUGAUUACGACAAAAAGUGUGGAAUAUAUGCCAUUUUUUCUCUCUUUGGCUUCCUUAGCUAAUGGUGUUGCCUGGACUACUUAUGCCUUCCUUCCUUUUGACAAAUUCAUCGCUAUUCCCAAUGGGCUUGGCACAUUAUUUUCGAUGGCCCAACUGAUACUGUAUGCUUGGUAUUACAAAUCUACAAAGCGAAUGAUAGCAGAAAGAAAAGCAAAGAGUGGGGAAUUGGAUUUAUCAGAUGUAGUUGUGGGUGGAGAGCCGAGGAAGAUUGGUAACACAACUCAGAAUGGUCGUGCUUCUGAAAUCCAUGGCGGAGUCUGAGUUUCCAGGGUCUUGUUGAUCCUGUUAUGUUUUGGCAGUCAAGCAAAAUAUCCAACUGUUAUAGUUUCUUUUACAGAAGCAUGCCAGCGACCAAAGUUGGUGUCGCCAAGUCCUUUCAUUUCACUUUUCAAUAAUGUUUUGUUUUUGUUUUUUGGGUUUCUGCUUCAGUUUGUGUGAUCUGCAAUUCAGGAAAUCAACAGGGUGGUGAUGUCUCUGUAAGCCAUAUGUUUUUGUAAAUGGUACAUUAAGGAAACCUCUUUCCCCA